AUGGCAGACGAAGAAGUCUACGAGGAGGAGGAAGACGAGGAAAAGAGCGCCGAUGAAGAUGGUGAGGAUGAUGGAACAACCGAGAAAGAGCAACCAAGAAGCCAUGCAGCGCAACCAGAAGAGGAUGCUCCCGCUGAAAUGACGGAGGCAGAAGCUGUCAUUCUUGCUGCCAGGAAACGCCAUGAUGAAGAGGAAGCCAUAAGAAUGCUCGAGUACGAAGAACGUCGUCGACUCGAGCGGGAGAAAAUUGAAGAGGAACUGCGUGAAUUGAAAGAAAAACAAGAGAAGAGACGUCGUGAGCGCGAAGACGACGAGAGACAGUAUGCUGAACGCUGUCGUCAAGACGAAGAACGCAGGAGGCAAGAAGAGGAAGAACGCAAGGUACGCUUUGAAGAAGAAAAAGCUCGCAAAAAUGAGGAACGCUUGCGCCGUCAGCAAAUGAUGGCAGGAUCUUUUGGUGGGAAGCCAGGGCAGUCGAAUGAGAAAAAUUUUGUUAUUACAAAGAAGGAACAAGUUGUACAGUUCGGUGGUUUGUCACAGGCCAAGAAAGAUGCUAUCAAAAAAGAGCAACAAGAGGAAGCAAAACGCUUGUUCUUGGAGUCUGUAGGUCGUCCUGUCGACGUCUCAAAAUUUUCCCCAGCAGACUUAAGAGUGCAAAUCAAAGGUCUCCAUGCUCGCAUCGUCAAAUUGGAAAGCGAGAAGUACGAUUUGGAAAACCGUUACGAAAGGCAGCAAUAUGAUAAGAAGGAAUUGCUUGAGAAGCAACGGCACGUGGCUCGCAACAAAGCUUUACAAAAGGGACUCAACCCAGAUGAGGCUGCCUCAUCCAAGCACCCACCGAAAAUUCACACUGCUUCAAAGUUUGAGCGUCAGACGGAUAGAAGAUCUUAUGGAGAUCGUCGUCUAAUGUUCGAGAGACCUGAAGUACCGAAACCGCCUGCGAUUGCACAUGGGACAGCCCGUCCUCCGAACGAGUGGGGCCGCAAAGAGAACGAAGAGCUUGAGCAACUCCGUAGAAACCUUGAAAGUCAACCUAAGAAGUAUGUGGAACAGUUUCCUGUCGAAGGUGAUGCGGCAAAACCACCCAUUGCUCCUAUUCCUUUGCAGCUUCCAGAAAGUGUCGCUAAUGGCGACGCAGGUGCAUCAACUGAGCCAAUUGAACGAGCACAUGAAGAAGUCGCAACUCCCGCAAAAGAAGUAGCUGCAGAUUAA